AUGUGGAGCCGACUAAAAAACAAACACUAGGUAAUAAAUUUACGCCACACUGCUGGGCCAUACUAAACUAGGGACAACUUGAACCAUGUACGAGAGAGAUGGUACGAUGAGAAACGAAAGCGAUAGAGGUCCCGGUGGCUUGGGUCCUGCAGCAGGGUCUCCAGGUACCACAACGGUCGGUGUGGUCGGGAACACCGGCCCGAGCUCGGGUCAGGUACCACUGUUAGAACAGAAUUCUCACUCAAACUUUGGUCGUGCAUAUACUUUACCACCACAAUCGAACAUGAGGGACAGGCAAAUGAAUUCGUAUGGUCAUCAAGUCCUGUCUACGCCUGUUUUAAGAAGCAUAGAGUAUCAGAUGGGAUCGCACGCUCAAGCAAGGUCGUCGGGAGCGCCCCUGGCGGGUUCUGGGGGCUCUGCAAAUGCGGCGAACGUUGGUGCGCCACUGGGAAAUCCUUCAGGGCCUCUGUCACCAGGACACUCAACAACGAGACAACCGGGAGGAGGAGUGCUAGGAGGGUCGCCGUAUAACCCGUACCUUCCCUCAACAUUAGGACAUGGAGGAGGCCAAACCCUGUCCGGAGGCCCAGCCCUGGGCCAGACCCUGGGCCUAGGCCUGGCCCCACCUGGCAUGCUGGGCCAUACGGCUGCACCGAUCCACUUGGACGAGAUUUCCAGCUCGCGAAUCAGGGGAAGAAUGCGGGUGAGCAAGGCAUGUGACCGAUGUAGAACUCAGAAAAUCAAGUGCUCUGGCACAUACCCAUGUAAAAAAUGUAUGCGACAGAAAAGGGAGUGCACAUUCUCAUCAACAGAUUCUGAUGAGGUGGUGAAACGACAAAAAUUGGAUGUAGAGGGGAACUCGCCACAUGACCGCGAACGUGGCGGCAGUGAGCGCGACAAUCUCAAUGAUGAAGAACAUUCUCAGCAUAGCGAGCGUACUGCAGAUGGCCCCAGUGCCACAGGAGGUGGGUGGCACCGGUAUGGACAAGAUUCAAAGAGAACUACUGGACCUGAGUCAACUGAUCCAUCGUAUGUGAGCCAUCUUGAAAAUCGGAUCCAUUACUUGGAAAGUCUUCUUUCACAGGACUCAACGACAGUGUUCCGCCAAGAUAGAACACCCGUUCUCGACGAGGUACGACUCCUCUCGCUCAUCAGCACGUCGUCGAAAUGGCGAUUCCUGCGGAGACAUCAGAACAUCCUCACGGUGGACUUGUGCAAGUACAUCUACCUGAAUCUUUCUCCGCAGUCACAAAGCAAAGUGACGGUGCCUCGAGCUCAAUACUUUGGUUGGAACAUGUCAGGGGUACUGUACCUCACCCCUGAACCGUUACCGGACAUCCCAGAGUACGACGCGACAAAGCUACCAAAGACCCAGGCCGAGUAUACGGACUUUUUCUUCCGUGAGGUGAAUGUCAUCUAUUCGGUUCUACAUGAGACGGUGUUCCGCGAUCAGGUUGAGAAGUAUGCAACCAUUGUAGAGGGCGGAACCAAUGGUGUCAGUGGCGAUACUGGUGGAGGUCGCGGUACGUCAACUCUUCAGAACCUGGACAAACUAACUCCGGCCGCUUCCAGUACCUCAGGAACUCCAGACAUCUCUGGAGUCUCUGAUGCAGGUGAUGGCACUACGGCCACCGCCAAGGACACGGCCAAGGACACCGCCAAGGACGGUGGUAUUCCUCGUUCUAGUACACACCAAACAAAACUCUUCUCGGCCAUGCUCUUUCUCAUCCAGGCAAUCUCCAUGAGACUACAUGAGUUCCAGAAACCUGAAGGACCAUCGCUCGAAACAUUGAAGAUCGAGGAGAAGCUUUUCAAGUACUCACAUCGAGUGGUGGAGAUCUUGAGUUUUGAAUGGGAAUCCUUCGAAUUGAUCCAAACAUGGCUCUUGAUCGCGUUGUACUUGCGAGUGUGUCAUAGACAGAACUCUUCCUUCCUGGCAUUGGGCCGUGCGGUCACCAUGACUAGAUCGAUGGGGCUUGGAUUUCAAAUCCCCUUGAGUUUCCUGGCAACCCCAUAUGAGCUUUUGAAGGCAAAGCGGGUCUUUUGGUGUGUUUAUUCCUUCGACAGGUUGUUCGGAUUGCAACAGGGUCGGUACUGUGGACUUCGUGAUGGCGACAUCUACCGUGAGUUCCCUCUGUUCGACUACGUGGCAGAGUCCAAGGAUGAAGAUUGGAUCACCUUACCCUCAUUCGCCAUGCUUCAAAUAGCCAGGGUGUCCAACUUCGUGCAUACACUUUCCGUGGACAUUCCUGAGACCGCCAAAUCUGAUCAGAUUAACCAUAAGGUUGAAGAAUUGGAGGAUUGGUUGGAGAGUAAUGGGUUCAGUAAUGACGAAAUAUAUGGCAAGGCCACAGGCACCAGCUCUUCGCUUGCCAAGGUCCAAGUGAAACUUCAUUUGUACGAUCUCCUUAUCUGUAUCCAUGGGAAGUCUCUCUUCAACUAUGCGGGCAAACAUAUUGAUAACCAUGGGCUUAGCGUGGAGAAAGUUCUCAUGGCGUCUGAGGGGAUAGUCCAACUUCUCGGUAAGGUUAAUGACCACAAUGAGCUCACAACGCCGUGGUACAUGAUGAUGCUUCUCCUCUAUAACGCGGGAAUCAACGCUGUUUGUCUCAUCAAUGGCGGAGUGUUCGUCUCCCGUGCAAAGGACGUGUUCCGUGCCUCGAUAAAUCUUCUCACUGUUCUUCUGGAGAGUAAAGUCUCCGGAGAGGGAGCCAAUCCAGCGUCCACUGGCUCAAUUUACAGGUUCAAAAUGGCCAGAGAAUGUCUCUGGGCCCUCAAAACAAGCAACCACAUCGUCCUGUUGAGACUACAAGAAGACUUGGACGACCUUAACCAGAUUGGAGUAGACCACGGGUCCGCAGAGGUGAACAUCCAAAACUUCAACCAAUUCGGCAAGUACUCCAACGGCAAGACGGAGAACGACACCGAGCUCUUCAGUGGCAAAGUACAGCCACGUCCGCUCCAGCAAACACAAGGAAUGCUUCAGCCUCAGCAACAGCAACAAUUCAACCAGUUUCAACAGCUGCAACAGCUGCAGGCGUUGCUUCAACAGCAGCUGCUUCUCCAGAACCCGCUCCUGCUGGACUUUAUGGACCCUACCAGCAUAGACGGACCAAUGUCUUCAAGGCCGGUGAAUUACAUUACCCCCAACAACGAGUUGUUUGGUAACUUACAAUGGUUCGACCAAUGGUUGGACUUUACAUACGAUUUAUAGAGUAAGAACA